CCCCUGUUCUCCCAAACCAUCCAUCCAUAGCUGCUUGACAGCACUAGAGAGCUACAGAGAGAACGACGACGAAGGCUUGACAAAUAGAUAGAGGGGAGACACACACGCAGAUCUAUAUAUAUAUAGCUAGAGAGAGAGAGAUCUAGAGAUCGAGUUCUUGCAGCCAAGAAACUAAACUAACCAAAGCAUAGCAAAUGGCCGACCGUGUGAUGAAGCUGGCGUCGGAGCGAGCGGUGGUGGUGUUCACGCUGAGCUCCUGCUGCAUGUGCCACACGGUGACGAAGCUCAUGCAGGACCUGAGCGUGAACGCGCUGGUGCACGAGCUGGACAGCGACCCCAGGGGCAAGGAGAUGGAGCGCGCGCUGCUCAAGAUGCUCGGCGGCAGGGCCCCUGCCGUCCCCGCCGUCUUCAUCGGCGGCCAGCUUGUCGGCGGCACCAACAGGAUCAUGUCCCUCCACCUCGGCGGCGAGCUCGUGCCCAUUCUCAUGAACGCCGGCGCGCUCUGGCUGUAGACACCAGGGCGGCCGCGCUGCGUACCAUGCAAAAGCUUGAAAAUAAAGACCAUGGUCAUCUUCCAAGAGUACCAAGGUUAGUAGAGUGUAGUAUGUGUGUUGAUGACAGGUUUUUCCGGUCCUGUUCUUCUGAGUUCUGACAAGAAUAAUAACUAGGGCAAACUAGCUUGCCAGCUUCACAGAUGCCUUGCAGGUAGGAGCUAGUGAGCCACUGAGCCGUGAGCGAGAGAGAUGGCCUUGCUUUGUGAUUUCCUCUUCUUGUUUUUAGAUGUUUUGGUGCAACUUUUCAACGGUGCGUGUGAUCGAGCAAUCUAUCACCUUUUUACGACGGGCUUAUGAGUACCAAUAUAUGUAUGAGAGUUCUAUUAGUAACCA